AUGUUCUUCUUCAGCAUGCAGUUUCGCAAAUACAACGUCUGGCUUGGUGGCCAGCUCGAGUGGAGGUGCAGCCUCGUCGUCUGCUCGUUGCGAUAUGCUCGGCCUAGUUCUCUCAUGGAGAGGGCACUCGACAAGGUGUUGCAGAAGCAGUAUGCCUCGCCCGAGAUGGAGCAAUGGGCCACCGAUUUCUGCAAUGGCAAAGUCGAGUUUUUCCCGACGUUGUGGAACUUGAAUUUUUGUGAGAACAAGGGCCUCCACAGUGUCCAGUACAAGUUGUUUGGGGCCUUCUGCGAGCACAGCCCGUACUCGGGAAAGUACAUCGACGGGAAGAUAUGGGGCAUCAUGCGCUACACUUCCCGCGCGGCAUUUUGCAUGGCCCUGCUGAGCCUUCUUGCGACGCUGAUCACGGCGGCGUUCCUGAUGAAGGACCACCAGACCUGCGCAAGAACGAAGAAGCCGCGGUGGGCAGUCUCUGAGGAGAAGACCGGAAAGUUUCGGCCGUAUGUCAAGAUCUGUGCCGGCGUGGCACCCUUGCUGCUGGCUCUGGCUGCGGUUCAAUACCGGUGGUGCCUUGCCACCUUUGAGCUCUAUGGGGGUAUCCCCAAGCAGACAACGCUGGUUGGACUGAUGAGCUCGGAGUCUUCCGAGGUGUCCGUGGCUUGGGCGGUCGUCCUCCUGUUUGCAGUGUCGCUUCUGGAGGGUGCGAUGGCAGCAGCGCUGCUUGCCGGUCCGCUCAGGAGGCCUGAGAGGCCACUUGGGCUGGACAUCUUCGACACCUGCAUGGACGUGCAAUUGGAGCGGCGGAAGGGCAAGGAAGUGGAGCUUUCGGCCAUGAAGGCGAGCCCCGCUUCCACCGGCCAAGGAGCCGCAUCGUCAGCUGGUGCUCCAAAGGCCCCGCCGCCCCAGACGCCUGCUGGGGCCGGGUCGAAAGGAACACUACCGCAAAGUCCACGGCCAUAUGCUUCGCAGAAUGUGCCGCAGUAUCCGCCCCCGACUCUGGCGCAGCAGCCGCUGCAGUACCCUCCGCAGCAGCCCCAGAGGCCACUCAUGCGUCCGAUGAUGGGCGCGCCUCUGCGUUUGCCAGGCCAGACGCUUCGGCCCAAAGCUUCGCUGCCCCACUUGCCUCCAGGCAUCAUCCCUUCGGGCUCCCCGCGGCAGCAUGGUGACUUCCAGGCACGGGUUCCCCCGAACUGGGCCAACACCACCAUGCACACGAGCAGCUGA